AUGCAGCAAGCAUUUUUAUCUGCUUUUCCUAUAUACAGGGACUGGGGUCUUACAGGAAAGGCAGGGAUUGCAGGACCAGGUGGAGCUGAAGUUCAAAGUGAAAUUGAACGGAUUUUUGAGUUAGCAAGGACACUGCAGUUGGUAGUGCUAGAUGCUGAUACCAUUAACCACCCAGCUCAACUAAGCAAAACCUCUCUGGCUCCCAUUAUAGUAUAUGUAAAGAUUUCUUCUCCUAAGGUUUUACAGAGGUUAAUAAAGUCUCGAGGGAAAUCUCAAGCCAAACACCUUAAUGUUCAGAUGGUGGCAGCUGAUAAACUGGCACAGUGUCCUCCGGAGAUGUUCGAUGUAAUUCUUGAUGAGAACCAGCUUGAAGAUGCUUGUGAGCACCUUGCUGACUACCUGGAAGCCUACUGGAAGGCCACACAUCCACCCAGCAGUAAUCCUCCUAACCAGCUUCUCACUCGCACACUUGCAACAGCCACUCUUCCUAUUAGCCCAGGUCCAAAUAUUAAUUUACAGGGUUCUCAAGGAGACCAGAGGAAUGACCAUUCAGUCCCUGAACGCAGCAGUUCACAAAUUGAAGAGGAAGCACAGGUUGAACCUAUCAAGAAGUCUCAGCAUCGCUCCUCCUCAAGCCAACACCACAAUCAUCGCAGUGGUGGGAGACGCCUGUCGAGGCAAGAAACUUUUGACUCAGAAACACAAGACAGCAGAGAUUCGGCUUACGUGGAGCCGAAGGAGGACUACUCACAUGAGCACGGUGACCACUAUGAUUCUCACAGGGAUCACAAUCAUAGAGACGAGUCCCACAAGAGCAGUGAUCACAGACACAGAGAAUCAAGGCAUCGCUCAAAGGAGAGGGACCGCGAGCAGGACCACAACGAAUGCAACAAACAGCGUAGUCGCCAUAAAUCAAGGGACCAAUAUUGUGACAAGGAUGGGGAAGUGAUAUCAAAGAAACGUAAUGAUGCAGGAGAAUGGAACAGGGAUGUCUACAUCCGUCAGUAACUUUUGCCUCUGGCAGUCCUGUGUUUCUCUGAAGUCUUGUAACAAUGCCCCUUGAAAAAUAUCUUUGGGUUCUUCAUUGCAGAACAUAUGGUAUCCUUCUGUAUGCUGAUUUGUAUUGCUGUUGCUUGCAUAGCAAUAGCAUGAAAUAGAAUAUUCAUAUACUUAUAUUUUUUUUUUGUUAGUGCUGUAUGGAUUAGCACGGUACAACUGCAGAGUUCCUGAUGCUGUACUGUGCCAUUUUUUCAAGCUGUUUUUUGGUAGCUGCCACUUGAACAAUAUCUGUUGCCAUCAAGGUGUUGUUAGUGUUUUUUAAAGAAGGUACAUUUGAUGUUUAAUAACUUCCCAUGUAUUCAGCAAGCCAGAAUCAGCACAUAAAAAAAUCUAAAACUUUUUGUCUGCUCUGAUUUUUAAUUUGUAUGCACUUGAUUUGCGUAUUGGUUUAAGAGCCACUUUAUGUUGCUUGUACCUCUGGUGGACUCCAUUUGAAGACAGAGUUCAGUCUUGCCUUACACACAGGGGAUCGUAAAGUCCAAAUCUAUUUUCUAUGUACUAGUACUGUGUACUGUAUAUACCGUUUAUAAAUGUUAUUUCUGCAGACACC